CUAGUUCCUGUUUCCGGUGGCUAAGUGAUAGAAGCUGCAAAUAUGCCUGAGAGGGACAGCGACAUGUUUUCCAAUCCUCUGGCCCCAGACGGCCAUGAGGUGGAGGAUAUGCAUUCAUUACAGCAAUCAAAGCUGACUAAUGAAGACUUCCGAAAGUUGCUUAUGACUCCUCGUUCGACUCCUUCUUCUGCACCUCCUACAAAAUCCCGCCACCAUGAACUACCUCGAGAAUAUAAUGAGGAUGAAGACCCAGCAGCUCGUAGAAGAAAGAAAAAAAGUUACUAUGCAAAAUUAAGGCAACAAGAGAUUGAACGAGAGAGAGAGCUAGCUGAGAAAUACAGAGACAGAGCUAAGGAGAGGAGAGAUGGCGUCAACAAAGACUAUGAAGAAACUGAGCUCAUCAGCACAACAGCCAACUACAGAGCAGUGGGACCCACAGCAGAGGCGGACAAGUCUGCUGCAGAGAAAAGGCGUCAGUUGAUCCAGGAGUCCAAAUUCUUGGGUGGUGACAUGGAGCACACUCACUUGGUGAAAGGUCUGGAUUUUGCCCUACUGCAAAAGGUUCGUGCUGAGAUUGCCAAUAAAGAAAGAGAAGAGGAUGAUAUUGUAGAGAAACCUCAAAAGGAGACAAAGAAAGAGGAGGAUCCUGAAAAUAAAAUAGAAUUUAAAACUCGACUUGGACGCAAUGUCUAUCGCAUGUUGUUUAAAGGCAAAGCAUAUGAGAGAAAUGAGCUGUUUCUGCCAGGCCGAAUGGCAUAUGUUGUGGAUUUAGAGGAUGAAUACGCAGAUACGGAUAUCCCAACUACACUGAUACGUAGCAAAGCUGACUGCCCGACAAUGGAGGCUCAAACAACACUUACAACCAAUGACAUAGUUAUCAGCAAGCUGACUCAAAUCCUUUCAUAUCUGAGACAAGGAACUCGUAAUAAGAAGCUAAAGAAGAAGGAUAAAGGAAAGUUGGAUGAAAAAAAAGCUCCUGAGGCAGAUCUGAAUAUCUUUGAUGAGAUUGGAGACUAUGUGCCAACUACAGUCAAACCCCAAAGAGAGAAGGAACGAGAGAAACACAGAGAGAAAGAGCGGGAUAGAGAGCGCCCAAGGGAGAGAGACCGAGAUCGUGAACAUGACAGAGAAAGGGAGAGGGACCGGGAGCGUGAUCGCGACAGAGAAAGAGGGAGGGAUCGAGAGCGUGACAGGGACGAGGAAAAGAAGAGACACAACUACUUUGAGAAGCCUAAAGCUGAUGAUGAGCCUUCUGAUAUAGACAAAGGCCCUGGAUCUACCAAAGACCUUCUGAAAUCCAUCAAUGAGAAUUUUUCUGGUGUUGCCGGAUGGGAUGGGGUGGAAGGCAUGAAGAAGCAUGAAGAUAAGAAACAAGUGGGAGAUUUCUUUGGCAUGUGGAACAGCUACGCUGAAUGUUACCCUGCAACCAUGGAUGACAUGGCAGUAGACAGUGACGAAGAAGUGGAUUACAGCAAAAUGGAUCAGGGUAAUAAGAAAGGUCCUUUGGGACGAUGGGACUUUGACACCCAAGAAGAGUACAGUGACUAUAUGAACAACAAAGAAGCUUUACCCAAAGCUGCAUUCCAGUAUGGCAUCAAAAUGUCAGAGGGGCGUAAAACAAGGCGCUUCAAAGAAACAAAUGAGAAAGCGGAGCUGGACAGACAGUGGAAGAAGAUCAGUGCGAUUAUCGAAAAACGAAAGAAGCUUGAAGCUGAUGGGGUUGAAGUGAAACGGCCCAAAUAUUGAAAAUGUCUUUGAAUAAAUUUAAUUAUCAAAUUGAAUUCAAAUAGAAUAUUAUGUGUUGAUUGUUUAAAACAAUAGUUUUACAAGUCUGCUGUAUCUACUUAAUUUAUAGGUUGUUUUUUUUUUUUUGCUUUUCUUUUAAAGGGACAGUCAACACCAGAAUUGUUGUUUUAAAAAGAUAGAUAAUCAUUUUAUUACCCAUUCCCCAGUUUUGCACAGCCACCACGGUUAUAUUAAUAUACCUUUUAGCUCUGUGAUUACCUUGUAUCUAAACAUCUUCUGACAGCCCCCUGAUCACAUGACAUUUUAUUUAUUAUCUACUGACUUUCAUUUUAGCCAAUUAGUGCAGUGUCUGCCACAAUUCACAGGCGUGCUCACAAUGUUAUCUAUAUGGCUCACAGUAACUAGCUCUCCCCUGUUGUGAAAAGAAAAUACAAAAGCAUGUGAUUAGAGGCGGCCUUCAAGGGCUUAGAAAUUAUCAUAUGAGCCUUCCUAGGUUUAGCUUUCAACUAAGAAUACCAAGAGAACAAAGCAAAAUUGGUGAUAAAGUAAAUUGGAAAGUUGUUUAAAAUUACAUGCCUUAUUUGAAACAUGAAAGUUUUUUUUGGACUUGACUGUCCCUUUAACUAUAUACAAAAUUUGCUGUAAAUUAAGCUAAAUUGCUGAUUUAACUGGAGUUUAGAAGCUUUCUAAAAGUGGUUCUUGUAUCCAUGUGACUUUGCUUCCUAUCUUUUGUACAAAAAAAUCUGCAAGACUAUAAUUUUUGUCAUUUUCAUCCCUUAUUGUGUAACAGAAAUGUAUAAUAAAUAUUUACAUUGUACCUUU